AUGCCGCUAGAAAACAUCGUGUCGCCUGGUCCCGCAGACGCUGCGACCGUUGGCGAGCGCUUCGCCCGUCUUGCAUGUGACCGGUGCUAUCGCCGCAAAGCACGCUGUGACAGGAUUCUUCCAGCCUGCACGACUUGCAUCCGAGGAAAUGCUGAAUGCCGCUACAACGCCCGUCAGGGUCUGGCUCAGCGGGACGAAUUGGUCGAGUCUUUGGAGAGGCGUCUUCGCCAAAUGGACGCCAAAAACCGGGCUUUGUCCAAGGAGCUGCAGCAGGCGAGGGCCAAGCAUGUGUCAGCAGACCACACAGCCAGUGCCGCGACUGAGUACGCAGGCAACAGCACCUCGCCAGAGCCCAUGGAACAGGGCAGCAGCAGGGAUGCUGAACAUGGCAAUGAGGUCGCCAAGCAGGUCUUUUCUCUCUCCCUCAAUGCCGGGUCUCAUAGCCAGUAUCUCGGCUCGGCGAGUGGCGCGAUUCUGGCCAAUCUGCUUGGAGCACAUGGUCGCAUUGGUCAUGUUACAGCCGACAUCGAUAAUGACUUGGUCUUUCGGCGAUUUGAUCACGCGGCCGGGCACAACGCCGACAACCUAGGACCAGAGGCGGCAAGUCAGCCCUCGGAACCUCUUGCCCGCGAUUUGCUGGCCGCAUAUCUCUCACACGACCACAUAUGUUACCCGUAUCUCCACCCGCACGCCCUCAUAACGUCCCUGACAGACCUGUAUGCCGACAAGUCGUACCUCGAGGAUCAUCCGGUAGAAGUUUUCACUCUCGACAUGGUCUUCGCCAUUGCCACUGCUCAGGUGCACAAGUACUCCUGGAAUGUCAUGCCCGAUGCCGAAACGUACUACGAGCGCGCCAUUUCACGAUUCAGUACUGCUCUCGAGGCAGGCGGUCUAGCAGCCCUCCAGAGCAUCAUGCUGCUCUGUCAAUAUCGCAUGCUCAGCAUCUCCUACGGCACCUCUGCAAGCCUAUGGCACCUCCUGGGAAUGGCCGCCAGGCUUGGUCUGGAAAUGGGUCUUCAUCGAGAGGCUGCGUACGUCAUUCCGUCCCAUCUGUCACCAGCCGCUCAAGCGAGGGCCAGACACAAGAACGAAGUCAAAAGAAGGUGUUUCUGGUGUCUGUUCGGAAUGGAUCGUAUUGUGAGCAACACGCUAGGAAGACCCAUGGCGAUCAAUCUUGACGACACGGAUACGGCGUACCCGUCCAUCAAAGAUGAAUCACACCAUCUCUUCCACUCAACCCCUACAGCAGACCAAGUGUUUGAGAAUUCGCAGGAUUUCAGAAAUACGUCCGUCUUUGUUCACAUCACUCGGCAUCGGGUACUCAUUGGCAAGAUUCUGUCCAGCUUGCACAACGUGCCGAAAAGUAGGAUGCCGGACCCAACUUCCCGUGCGGCCAUUCGCCAACAGCUCUCUGCAGAGCUUGAUGAAUGGAAGCAUGGAGUUUCCUCUCUCCCGUUGACCGACACAAAAUCCGGACGUCAGUAUGAGCGUUCAACCUUCAAGUCUUUGGAAUGGUAUCGUCUGCUGUAUCACAACUGCAUUCUGAUGCUGUACAGACCUACUUCCACCACGGAUGACGCAAGCCCCACUGCCGAGUCUCCUUUUUGGAGAUAG